GCAUACGUUUUUUUAAUUUUUUAAAUAUUCCUGUGUUGUGCGUUUAUCAUGAAUUUUCUAUCAUAUUAAUGGCAGUUUGUAUAAACAAACUUUCCAUAAGGAAAUACUUGUCUUUUUCUAUAAUUUCUAUAAUUAAUUAAUUUUCUAUAAUUAAUUAUAUUUUCUAUAAUUAAUUUUCUAUAAUUCUAUAUUUUCUAAAAUUUGCUCAAAAUUUCACGCGUAUCCGGCGUAUCUUAUUGCGUCAAUUUAAGGAAAGAGCGCAAUGUCGGACGAUGACAGAUCAUGAAAAAGAUGCCUCAUCCUUCCAGAGGGAAAUUUGAAUGCAAACAAUAACAAUCGCGAAUGUGAUCGAAUAUGUAUAAUGCGAUAAAUAAUAUUUGUCACUAUAGUUUGUAACUAUACGUAGAAUUUCAUAUGCGAAGCGAAGAGCGGUCGGCGAAGUACAUAACCUAAGACACGUGCCGUACGUGUGUACAUAUGUCGGGGAGAGUACGGUGAUUUUUAGAAAUUUUACACACCUAGAAGGAUCACUUUUCGUAUCUUGUUUCAUUACUCAAGGUUUGUCCACGACUGUUGACAGUACAGACUUAUAAAUUAUUCAUUAUUGUCACGUUUUUUAUGUUAUCUUUCACUGCUGAGAUUUUGUACAUGUAAUAAUGAAUUCGGGUGUAAUUAAGAUGAGAAAAGGAAAAGCACAAGAAAAACCGACAAAGAUAAAAGGCAAACUUGUAUCUGCCAAUUCUGCUAAGACAAAUACAAGACCACGAUUGUCAUUGAAUUUUAUGAUUUCUCUUGUCUUUAUUGCCAUUGCGGUUUGGUUUGGCUUCAAAGGAUAUUUAGAGACAAGAGUAAAUACGCCGUAUGAUGGAAAAAAACUAGUAGCGCUCAGUUUGGAUGCUCCGGACAGAUAUUGGGGGACCUACAGACCUGGUGUAUAUUUUGGUUUGAAGACGAGAGAUUCGCAGUCUCUGGUAACUGGUUUGAUGUGGUAUUUUCCACGGAUGCUACGCUAUGAUGGGAGCGGAUUUAGGCACUGGUGCGAACAGGGUGACAAACUGGACAGAUAUGCAUGGCUGGAGCAUGACGGACGAACGUUUGGUGUUCAGGAAAUAGUAGAUAAUUCUGUAAGUAUAAGAACAACGUUCGUCAAGAGGCCCGGCGGGUACGAGGGCGGUGACUGGACCGCGAGGAUUGCAGUAUCGCCAGCGAAGGAACACAAGGGAGAGGAGAUAUCGCUGUUAUUUUAUACCGCUAUCGAGGAGGGCACAAAGGGUUGGAUAAAGGCCAAUCUGGGAGAUUACAGCCGCCUGACGGGGACAGAGGGGAACACGCAGGGGCUGGGAUCCUUCGUUGUGAACCUCAACCUGAUAAACGGCACGGUAGAGGAGCACUCCUUCUUAGCAACAGCAGCUCCUGGUCUACACGUGCUGAAGGAAACGGUUCUACAAAAUCUCCGAGUCGCGACUCAGAAGGGAUCCGCGGAGAAGCGGGUCGUAUUGGCCGGCGAACAGUUGCCAUUGUCGCCCGAGGGUAACAAGAAGGAUCCGAACUUCAUUGUUUCCCAGGUGACGGGAAGAGCUCCGUUCGAGCUCGAGGUCAGCUACGAAUCUGGUAGCUUCAGCAACAGAAUAGACAAAUUGACUGGCAAGAACUACGACGAGGCUCUCGAGAAGCAGAGGCUGCUGUUCUCCGAGAGGUUUGAGAGCGUCUUCAAGCUGAAGUCCAAGGGAUACACCGACGACGAAGUGGCGUUCGCGAAGAUGGCAUUCUCGAAUCUCAUCGGUUCGGUGGGUUACUUCUACGGAAGUUCGCAGGUGCAGAGUUCGUACACCGAGAGUCCCGUGCCUUACUGGAAAGCGCCUUUGUACACUGCCGUGCCCAGUAGAAGCUUCUUCCCCCGUGGUUUUCUCUGGGACGAGGGUUUUCACGGUCUGCUGAUCGCCGCCUGGGACAUGGAGAUAGAACUGGACAUCAUGAGCCAUUGGUUCGAUCUCAUGAAUGUCGAAGGCUGGAUCCCAAGGGAGAUGAUUCUGGGACAGGAGGCUCUGGCCAAGGUUCCUGAAGAGUUUGUCACUCAGAUCAACACAAAUGCCAAUCCGCCUACGUUCUUCUUGACCCUGGACUUCAUGCUGCAGCAUAAAGAGCAGGAAUUGCUCAGACAUCAUCUGCCGCUGCUUGACAGACUGUACCCGCGGCUGCAGGCGUGGUUCUCGUGGUUCAACGUCACGCAAGUCGGCGAUCUACCUGGCACGUACCGAUGGCGAGGCAGAGACGGAACGACCAGCAGGGAGCUAAAUCCUAAGACCCUCACGUCCGGGUUGGAUGAUUACCCUAGGGCUUCUCAUCCAAGCGUCGCCGAGCGUCACGUCGAUCUGCGUUGCUGGAUCGCGUACGCCGCUCGCGUCUUGGCCAGGAUCACCGAGACGCUGAGUUAUUCCAGCACCAAGUACCACGAGACAUUCCAGUAUCUGUCUGACAACAAUUUAUUGAAUAAGUUGCACUGGUCACCGAACACACAGUGGUAUUCCGACUACGGUUUGCACACCGAUAGAGUGGUUCUGCGAAAACCCGCGCCACCGCCGCCUCACAAGCAGCAGCAGCAGCGAUCUCAGCCGCCGUCCGUGGAGCUGGUCCGCGUCGUGCUGGAGGAUCCAUCUUUGAGGUUCGUCGACACGACCUUUGGAUACGUAUCGCUGUUCCCAUUCAUCCUGCAGAUCGUCGAGCCCGACUCGCCGCAAUUGGGGAAGAUACUGCAGGACCUACGCGAUCCCGAUCUUCUAUGGACCAAACAAGGAUUGCGCUCUCUCGCGAAAACCUCGCCGAUUUACAUGAAGUACAAUACGGAGCACGACGCGCCCUACUGGCGUGGUCCCGUCUGGAUAAAUCUGAAUUACCUAACGGUACGGGCUGCUCAUUACUAUUCCAACAUAGACGGGCCGUAUCGCCAGAACGCGAGGAAGAUCUAUGAGGAGCUACGAAAGAAUCUGAUACAGAACAUCAUCAAGCAGUACAGGAAAACUGGAUACUUGUGGGAGAAUUAUGACAGCGCGGAGGGCCAGGGCAAAGGCAGCCACCCAUUCACCGGCUGGACCUCUUUGGUUGUAUUACUUAUGGCAGAAAUAUAUUAAAUACAUACAUAUAUAUAUAUAUAUAUAUAUAUAUAUAUAUAUAUAUGUUCAACCUUAUCGAUAGGGACUAUUUUACACCAAGAAUGAAAUCAAAGGAUGCUAUAAAAGUGUUCAUUAAGUGGAUGUGGUAUGCGGAACUAUUGAUAGCAAUAUGCAUUUAUACAAAGAUAAUAAUUAUACAAUUAUGCUAUUUCAUUAUAAUUGUACUGUCACUAUUAUUAUCAUUAUUAUUAUUAUUGUUAUUCUUUUACGUUAUAUUAUCUUUUGUAUUAUAUUGUUUCUUUUUCGUAAUAUUUUAACAGGAAUUUGCUGCCGCCUAUGUUCGAAGAAAAAUAUUGAUAAAGUAUACGUAAGAGUAUGGCUGCGUGUAUUUAGAUUAUAAUUGAGGAGAUGAUGUCUGUAUCAUUGAUAUUCUUGAUAAAUUGCAUAUAUUCAUUAGAUAAAUCUUUUCUAAUAUAAACAUUGGUUGUGAUUCUUCUUUAGAUAUUAUAAGAUUAUAUUUUAAUAACGUAAAAUUUCUCUUCUCACGAUAUUGUAAUAUUUUCUAUUUGGCUAUUGAAAGUGUGUGACAUGUUUUAUUUCUACAUAACUUUGGUUUUUCACUUGUAAAUUAUUGUAAUUUGAAUUAAAACAGGAGAGAGAAAUGAGAGAAUAUAAUUAUCAAAGGAAAGAAAACUACUUCAAAUCUUGGCUGUGAGAUUUACUGAGGGAUGAUUGGUACUUUACAAUCUAAGCUGUCUUGCAGAAAGCACAAUGUAUUAUCACUAUCAUUGCAUCGCUUGAAUUAUAAUAAAAAAGACACUUAUUUUUAUGUGUAUAA